AUGAAGAUGGAUUACAUGGCCCAAGAAUUAGAUGGUCAUUCUGAAGGGGUUGGGCAAUAUAGAUUAAAUUCAUAUUAUGAUUCGUGUGACAAAAUCUACAUACCACAACUAAGAGAUGACCACAAGCCAAAAUCAGGCCAAGGAUUUGAGUCAUUAGAUGAUGCUCAUGAGUUCUACAAUAAUUAUGCCAAGGAAGUUGGUUUCAGUGUCAGAAUCAAUUCUAGUAGGAAGAAUAAAGAAACUAAUGAAAUCCUACGAAAGGAGUAUGUGUGUUCUAAAGAAGGAGUGCCCGCUAAAGGAGUUGGUGAGAAAAAAAGGCGUAGAGGUAUUACUCGAGAAGGUCUUAAGGCAAAGCUAGCUGUGGUGAAGUCGAAAUCGGGAACCUAUGUAGUCAGCCUAUUUGUGGAGGGUCACAACCACCCAUUAAAAAGUCCUAAAAGAGUACACUUGUUAAGGUCUCAUCGUACAGUUUCAAAUUCUCAUAAGUGUAUAACCCAACUAUUUUCAGCAGCAAAUAUACCUACACAUCAACAAUUUAGCCUUCUUGAAAUGCAAGUUGGGGAGAUAGAAAAUGUUGGAUGUCUAGAGAAGAAUAUUUACAAUAAUGAAAGGAAUUUGUGUAAUGGGUUGAAGGGACAUGAUGCAGAUAUGUUGUAUGAGCAUUUCCAGCUAGAGCACAAAAAGAAUCCGUCCUUCACUUUUAAGAUUGAGGCUGAUGAAGAAGAUAGAAUUACUCCUUGUUUUUGGGCUGACACAAAAUCUAGGAAGGCAUACACGUUUUUUGGCGAUGUGGUUCUAUUUGAUAGUACUUAUAACACUAAUUGA